UUUGGGUCGCUGCAGCAUCACCGGGCAAAUUAGCCAAGUUUUGGUAAUUUUAACAUGGUUUUUACCUCUGUCGUUAACUUGGUGCGUUCUCGAGGGCCGGAUGAGUUUUGGCGAAAGCGUAGAAUUUUCAAACUAGCUGCACACUUUAUUGGACGUCGCCGCAACUGCUAUUCCAUUGCAAUUCGUAAUGUAAACAGAGCUCUGGCGUACGCCACCAAAGGGCGUGAGCUCAAAAAGCAGGACAUGCGAGAACUAUGGGCACAGCGAGUUAAUGCGGGCUGCGAACAGCAUGGUAUGCAAUUUGCCGACUUCCAGCACGGUCUGUACCAAAACGAUAUCUUGCUAAACCGAAAAGUAUUAGCGGAUUUAGCUAUUUGGGAACCAAGAACGUUUGAGGCCCUUGCCAUGAUCAGUCAGCAACUUCCCGAGAAAGAAAGCGGAGAGAAGUGAAUUAUUUGUUAAAAUUUAGUCCAUUCAAUAAAAUCCUGUAAAAUUA